AUGGAGAUCCUGGAAGAAGUUGAACUCUGCUUCCCACAACUCCUCAAUUCCUCCUGCAAGAAGCCAAUGCGUACUCACUUUGAGUUCAUACUGUCUUACAUCACACUGUCCUCUAUCACUGUGCUCACCACAACUCUCAACCUGCUGGUCAUCAUCUCAAUUGCCCACUUCAAGCAGCUCCACAGCCCCACCAACCUCCUCCUCCUCUCUCUGGCUGUCUCAGAUUUCUUCGUGGGCCUCCUCAUGUUCUUUCAAAUUAUACUCAUAGACGGCUGCUGGUUCCUCGGUGACCUCAUGUGUACUCUGUAUUAUGUUUUAGACUAUAUCAUUAGUUCUGCCUCAGUAGGAACCAUGGUGCUCAUAUCUGUUGACCGCUAUGUGGCUAUUUGUGAUCCUCUGCAUUACUCCACUAAAGUCACAGAAAAAAGAGUUCAAGUCUGUGUUUGUCUGUGUUGGAUAUGUUCUGUAAUUUUUCAAAUUCUGGUGCUAAGUGAUAACUUGACACAACCAGGCAAGUAUAUUUCCUGCUCUGGAGAGUGUGUGGUUGUCAGUAGCUACAUUGCAGGAUUUGUUGAUCUGGUUGUGUCCUUUAUUAUUCCUGUCACUGUCAUCAUAGUUCUGUAUAUGAAAGUGUUUGUGGUGGCUGUGUCUCAGGCUCGUGCCAUGCAGUCUCAUGUUGCAGCAGUCACACUUCAGCGUCCAGUGAAAGUAACUGCUAAGAAAUCUGAAAUGAAAGCAGCCAGGACUCUUGGAGUUGUUGUAGUUGUGUUUCUAAUAUGUCUCUGCCCAUAUUUCUGUGUUGCUCUUACAGAUACCUUGCUCAAUCCUUCAUCUGAUGCCUUUGUAAUGUGUCUGUAUUAUUUUAACUCCUGUUUAAACCCUCUGAUUUAUGCCUUUUUUUACCCCUGGUUCAGAAAAUGUCUUAAACUCGUUGUAACGCUUCAGAUACUGCAGCCUGGCUCCAGUGAGACUAACAUACUGUAG